AAAUAAGAGUAGCGCUAAACUAUACCUACUACCUAGUCGUCGCUCCUACAACGCAUUUGAAACUCGCAGCUACUAUCUGGGAAGAAGAUCGAAUUCAUCAUUCAUCAACAACAUGUCUGGGCCGCAGUGCUGUGAGAAUCCACCCACUUUGAAUCCGAGCGCCGGAGUUGGGUCGGUUGUGGAGCUGGGCGGCCUCAAGUCAUAUGUCACCGGCGCUGCCAAUUCCAACCACGCUAUCCUUCUCGUCUCCGACAUUUUUGGUUAUGAAUCUCCAAAUCUCAGGAAGAUAGCUGACAAAGUUGCAGCUAGUGGAUACUAUGUUGUGGUUCCUGAUUUCUUAUAUGGAGAUCCCUAUGUUCCUGACAGCAAGCCUCUUGGAGACUGGAUUCAAGGGCAUGGAACAGACAAGGGAUUUGAAGAUGCGAAAUCUGUAAUUGCGGCUCUAAAGAGUAAAGGGAUCUCUUCGAUAGGCGCUGCAGGGUACUGUUGGGGUGCUAAGGUGGUUGUGCAACUGGCACAGUCUGGUUAUAUUCAAGCUGCAGUCCUAUUGCACCCAUCAUUCGUAAAUGUGGACGAUAUUAAGGAGGUAAAGGCUCCCACUGCUAUCCUCGGGGCUGAAAUUGACAAAAUGUCUCCACCAGAGCUCGUUAAACAAUUUGAAGAGAUCCUUUCAUCAAAACCCGAGGUGGAAUCCUUUGUGAAAAUCUUUCCGGGAGUGGCACACGGGUGGAGUGUGAGGUACAGUGUUGAAGAUGGGAAGGCUGUGCAGAGUGCUGAAGAAGCCUAUCAAGACAUGUUGAACUGGUUUACCAAGUUUGUGAAAUGAAUAAAUCCACACUAGGAAAUGCAGACUACAAUUGAGUAUUUGAAUAAAACUCAUGUUAUGUUGGUUUUUAUGUGAACUGUGUUUUUAUGUAAGAACUAAGUAGUACACUUGAUUU